AUGGCUCAAAAAACGUUGGACAACGAGCUGCCACCGUUAGUGGGGACUCCGCCGGUGGUGGUGGUGGUGGAGCGACGGCACUCCACACAUAGCUCACUAGAAACUCUGGUGGUGGUUUUAGCAGUCAUUACAAUCAUAGGAGUUAUUGCCGGAAUCAUUGCGCGGCUCUGUGGUGGAAGGCAUUUCGGUGGCUCGGGGGAAAAUGACAUCGAGGGCUGGAUAGAAAGGAAGUGCAGAAGCUGCAUUGACGCUGGCGUUCCGGCAGCUGCACCGCCACCGAAGGAAGAAGAACCGAAGCCAGCACCGCCGCCAAAGGAAGAAGACAAGAAGUGA